UAUUUUUUCUUCUAGAAAUUAAGGAAACAAGUUUCCAGAACCAUAUGGCCUAACUUCUUAGCUUUGCAUUUACUAGCUGUGUGACCUGCAAAUCAUCAAAUUCUCAUCUAUAAAAUAAGGACAGUAGCUACCUCACCGGAUUGUAAUGAGGAUUAAAUAAUCUGCAACACUGCCUGGUACAACAAAAGUGCCACUUUAUUGUUAAUUAGCUGCUAUUACCAUAAGUGAAAUUUUUUAAAGCAUCAGUUCCACCUAAAAAAAAAACCUCAAUAACAUUCUGGUAAUUAUGAAUAUAUGUAUUUGUGUCUUAUUGCUAGACUCUAACUGUGACUUCCCAACCAUGAUUCACUUCUUUUAUACCAAGAGCUUCUUGCCAUUCAAGAUGCAGAUAUACGUGACAGCCUAUCGAACCUUGCAUAUAUGAAGUCCUUGCUUAGUAAAACUUAAGGUCUAGUAGGGAAGAAGAGAGCCUUUUGGGAUAAAUCUAUUCAUACAAAUGACAACAAGUUCACAUACCAAUAAUAGUAAUUAAAAAAAAAAAACUGAAAAAGGUCCAAGAAUAUGAGUACAUAUUACUCUGAAGUCUGCAUACAUAGUAAGCAAAAACCAUCCAAUGCAUUGCGAAAAUAGGAUAAUUUUUUAAUGUUAAGUGAAUAUGUACCAUCUCCUCCUCCUCUUUUUAAUCACAAAAACGGACUAGCCCCACACCUUUUACUCCAAAAAGCGGGAGUAACGGUUUAGACUAUCCGAUCAGAAGCGCUUCCGUUACCUCGGAACCUUGUACAAUCAAGUCCUUGGUGUCGUCCGUACUUUCCACUCUGCUUCUGAAAGUACUAGCUGUUUCAGGCCACAACUUUUAGAUUUGAUGAUAGUUCCUCUAAAAUGGAAUGACGAAUAAUCUCCAUCCUUUUCUCACAGUGGCGUCCUAAUUCCAGCCAAAGACAAACAAAAUUGUCUUUUAGUGUACCGUAGUGUUUAGAACUUAAUGCUGUGUGGUCAGACAAAUCUGCGUUCGGCCUCCGCUAGAUCGGUCAUUAGCCGUGUGAUGUUGUAAAAGUCUUGUUACUACAAAUCUAAGGGAAGCGCGUGAGUACACGCACUGAAUCUUGGACAAAGACAGCAUUUAUACUUUUUUUUUUUUUAACUGAAUUAAGUGUAACGCCCUCUAGGUUUAUAGCAGCUAGUCCUGGAGACGAGACGCGGGACUGUGUUGAUGACAUCACUUCCGGGGCGACAAGGAAUUAUCUAUAGAGUAAAUAUGCUAAUAUUGAAUAAGGCAGCAGGAAUUUUUUCCAAACCAUCAAGAAGGGAAAUUUAUGAAUUUUUAAGAAGUUUUAAUUUUCGUCCUGGAAAAGUAUUUCUUCAUAAACUAGUAUUGGGGAUUGAAACCAGUUGUGAUGAUACGGCAGCUGCUGUGGUGGAUGAAACUGGAAAUGUUUUGGGAGAAGCAAUACAUUCCCAAACUGAAGUUCAUUUAAAAACAGGUGGAAUUGUUCCUCCAGUAGCUCAACAGCUUCACAGAGAAAAUAUUCAACGAAUAGUGCAAGAAGCUCUCUCUACCAGUAAAGUCUCUCCAAGUGAACUCUCAGCAAUUGCAACUACUGUCAAACCAGGACUUGCUUUAAGCUUGGGCGUAGGCUUAUCAUUUAGCUUACAACUGGUAGACCAAUUAAAGAAACCCUUUAUUCCCAUUCAUCAUAUGGAGGCUCAUGCACUUACUAUUAGGUUAUUAAAUAAAGUAGAAUUUCCCUUUUUAGUUCUUUUGAUUUCUGGAGGUCAUUGUCUAUUGGCAUUAGUUAGAGGAGUUUCAGAUUUUCUGCUUCUGGGAAAAUCUUUGGACAUAGCACCAGGUGACAUGCUUGACAAGGUAGCAAGAAGACUUUCUUUGAUAAAACAUCCCGAGUGCUCUACCAUGAGUGGUGGGAAAGCUAUAGAACAUUUGGCCAAACAAGGAAAUAAACUGCAUUUUGAUUUCAAACCUCCCAUGCAACGAGCUAAAAAUUGUGAUUUUUCUUUUACUGGACUUCAACAUGUUAUUGAUAAGAUAAUAACACAAAAGGAAAAAGAGGAAGGGAUCCAGAAGGGGCAAAUCCUGUCUUCGGCUGCACACAUUGCUGCUGCAGUACAGCACACAACAGCGUGCCACAUUGCAAAAAGAACACAUCGUGCCAUUCUGUUUUGCAAGCAGAGAGAUUUGUUAUCUCAAAGUAAUGCAGUGCUGGUUGUAUCCGGAGGUGUUGCAAGUAACCUAUAUAUCCGAGAAGCUCUGGAAAUUGUAACAAAUGCAACACAGUGCACUUUGUUAUGUCCUCCUCCCAGACUGUGCACUGACAAUGGCAUUAUGAUUGCAUGGAAUGGUAUUGAAAGAUUGCGUGCUGGCUUGGGCAUUUUACACAACACAGAAGGCAUCCGCUAUGAACCAAAAUGUCCUCUUGGAGUAGAUAUAUCAAAAGAAGUUGGAGAAGCUGCCAUAAAAGUACCACGAUUAAAAAUGAAGAUUUGAUUUUUGCUUUUCAAACAAUCUCUUAAGUAGGCACCACACCCUGCAUGGAGCCCAAUGUGGGACUCAGACUUAUAACCCUGAGAUCAAGACCUGAGCCAAGAUCAAGAGUUGGAUGCUUAACGGACUGAGCCACCCAGGUGCCCCCUGAAUUAAUUUUUUUAAAAGGCAGAAUGAAUAAACAUGGAAAAAUUACUAUUAGAAGUGUGGAUGUUUUUCUAAUAGUCACAAAACAAAGAAAUAAGAAUGCUAGACUAUCAAGGAAUAAAAGUAUAAUAGCUAUCA